AUAUAGCAACAAAAAGCAUCAUAAAAUGUUUAAGUCGCCAGUAAUUUAAGGCUAUUCUAUACAAUUAAAUAGCAAAUUUAUAACGCUACAAGCAUACGUGUGAUGUGGAUAAUAAAUGAAGCUCAUUUGUGGGUUAUUUAUUAGCAUGUAGUGUUUGGCGCAAAGCCGUCGAAUUGCGCGCUCAAACAAAUUUGACCACUGAGGUAGGCCCCGGCGUUUGUAGGUUGAGACAGGAUUCAGGUUGCUAAGUUAUAUAUAUGUAUAUUUAAAUUUUUCUUGGUUGACAACCGAGGACACGAUUCGCAAAUGGACGUAUAUGCUGAAGCCGGAGGGUUCGACGUAGACGCGUCAAUCAACGAGGGAAAAAAGAUAUGCUAAGAGCAUGAUCCACAUGUGGCCUGAAAUACUUCGAGAAGAUCUACAAAACUCUGUUCCUAACGUGACGAUCUCUUGUUUUACGUAUUGAAACAAAUAAAGAAGCGCGAGCGCGGGGGUCGUGGCCCUCAGAAUCUCACGCCGCUAACCUGCGCCGAUAUCCAACGAAUGUCAGGAGAGAAAUGGACCUUCCACAAUCAUCAGGCAGAGAAGGUGUGCCUGGUAGGAAUCGUUAGGUCCUACGACACAACAGCCAUGCGUGUUACUUUGGUAAUCGAUGAUCGCCUUGGACCACCCGUCAUUUGCCAGUCAAUGGACGUUAACGAUCAAGAACUUGAACGGAUUUCUGACGGAAUGUAUGUUAAGAUAUUCGGCCAUCUGCGCAAGCAAUCUGUGAACAAAGAAGAGGACAUGAAGGUGAUGAUUACGGUAAUCAAGAUCCGAGCCUUGUCCUCAAUAAAUGAAGUGUUUAAACACUCACUCGAAUGUACCCAUGCUAAGCUUUCAUAUCUUACAGUUGACAAACGUUCAGAACAAAUCCUCAGCAAAGGUUCGUCAUCAAACCAGCUUGCAAUAGGAGGUCAAAGGAUUGGCGCUGGAGGCACUGCAGCCAGUGUAUCAACUAUCGACUUGAGUUCCAUUGGAUCCAGUGGAGUGAGUGGCUUGAAUCGGAACCAAGAGAUGGUCUAUUGCGCCAUUCGUGAGGGCGGACCUCUCGGAAUUAACAUUGAAAAAGUUGCUACGAACUUGGCUGCUCACGGCCUUAAGUCUCGUGAAGUGCGUGACGCCGUUGAGUUCUUGGCUAACGAAGGUCAUGUAUACACGACUAUCGACGAUGAAACGUAUGCAACCGUCGAUAACGAAUAAGUUCGUGCUCCACUAAAGGGAUAAUGGAACAAAGAAAGUGAGAAGCUGCGAUUACCUCGAUGACACCUCGUAGAGAGUGGCCGCCGAUUUGUUAAAUGUUGAAAUAUGAAUAAAGCGAAGUAACAUGGUA